AUUGUAUAAGAAAUUUAUAUCUACAUUUAAAUUCCCCGCGCUUAUUAAAUUUAAUUUGAGAACCCCGAUUUUCGAAGCGUUGUUGUGAAUCCAAUAUGGCGAUAUCUGAUGUUUUACUAUUUUGAGAAGUUUAUGUCAUAUUAUCAAUGGGAGUUAAAUAAAUAAACGAACCGGUGCAUACGAUUUGCGCCAGAAUACGUGAUUCAUAGUGAAGACAUAAUAAUAGUUACGUUGUCUAUAAUGACAGACACGAGACGAAGAGUGAAGCUGUAUGCUCUAAAUGCUGACCGGCAGUGGGAUGAUAGAGGUACUGGCCAUGUAUCCUCAUGUUAUGUUGAAAGACUGAAGGGUACAUCAUUAUUGGUAAGAGCUGAAUCAGAUGGUACUUUGCUGUUAGAAAGUAAAAUACAACCUGAUACAGCAUACCAGAAACAGCAAGAUACUUUGAUAGUGUGGUCAGAAGGAGACAAUUUUGAUUUAGCAUUAAGUUUUCAAGAAAAAGCUGGAUGUGAUGAAAUUUGGGAAAAAAUUUGUCAGGUACAAGGUAAAGAUCCAUCAGUGGAAAUCACUCAAGAUAUUGUUGAGGAAUCUGAAGAUGAACGGUUUGAUGAGAUGUCAGAUAGUGUGCAACCAGUUGAAUUGCCGGCUUGUGAAAUGGGGAGAUUAGAAGACAUUAGCGAGUUGGUAAACAGUUGUUUGGUCUCACCAGCUAGGAAAGACAAACUAGCAGCAGCACUGGAAAGUCAGCAUUAUAUUAAAAAACUUCUUAAUUUAUUCCAUAUGUGUGAAGAUAUUGAGAACAUUGAAGGAUUACAUCAUUUGUAUGAAAUAUUCAAAAGUAUUUUUCUUCUCAACAAGAAUACACUUUUUGACACAAUGUUUGCUGAUGAUACAUUAUUUGAUGUUGUUGGCUGCUUAGAAUAUGAUCCCAGUUCACCCCAGCCCAAGAAGCAUAGAGAAUAUUUGAGAGAGUUAGCUAAAUUCAGAGAAGCCAUUCCUAUUAAAAAUAAGGAUUUGCUUGCAAAGAUACAUCAGACAUAUAGAGUACAAUAUAUACAGGAUAUUGUAUUACCGACACCAACAGUUUUUGAAGAAAAUCUUUUAAGCACAAUGUCCAGUUUUAUAUUUUUUAAUAAAGUAGAAAUAGUGAAGUUAAUAGAGGAGGAUGAGAGGUUUCUUACAGAUUUAUUUAAGUUACUAAUGGAUGAUAAGACGCCAGACCCCAAAAGAAGGGACUUAGUUCUAUUUCUAAAAGAGUUUUGUAAUUUUUCACAAAAUCUGCAGCCACAAGAUAAGGAUACAUUUUAUAAAACCUUAGUUACAUUGGGGAUCCUGCCAGCUUUAGAAAUUACAUUAAGUAUAGAUGACCAGAAGACUAAGACUGCUUCUAUAGAUAUAUUAACUUACAUUGUUGAGUUUUCUCCAUCAGUUGUGAGGGAUUAUACAUUGCAACAACCUACAAAUACUGAAGAGGAACAGAUGCUCUUGAAUAUUGUGAUAGAGCAGAUGUUGAGAGAUCAGGAUCCAGAAUUGGGUGGUGCAGUGCAACUAAUGGGUGUCCUGCGUAUUUUACUUGACCCUGAGAGUAUGUUGGCAUCUGUCAAUAAGAGUGAAAAAGCCGACUUUCUAAAUUUUUUCUACAAGCACAGCAUACAAACGUUAAUAGCUCCAUUACUAGAAAACACAACAGGUGAAAAACCACUCAAGGAAGACUACCACACAGUGCAGUUAUUAGGAUUAGUUCUAGAAUUACUUUCCUUCUGUGUUGAACACCACACCUACCACAUCAAAACUUGUAUAUUGAAUAAGGAUCUACUCAGGCGUAUCCUGGUGUUGAUGCGGUCAACUCACACGUUCCUGGUUCUUGGGGCUUUAAGAUUCAUGAGGAAAAUCAUAGCACUUAAAGAUGAAUACUAUAACCGUUAUAUAAUUAAAGGAAAUCUAUUCGCACCUGUUAUAGAUGCAUUUCUAAGAAAUAAUGGGAGAUAUAACUUGUUGGACUCGGCUAUAUUGGAAUUGUUUGAAUUUAUCAAAUUGGAAGACAUCAAGUCAUUAUGUUCGCAUGUUGUAGAAAAUUAUGGUAAAAUAUUAGAAGAUGUUGAGUAUGUUCAAACAUUUAAGGCGUUAAAAACGCGUUACGAUCAACAUCAGGACAAACUCAAGGAAAGGGAUAGAGUGAGCGGCAGUGUGACAGUAGCGGAAGCUGUGGUGCCGUCACUGUUACGCACGCGGUACCGGCGCGAGGCGCGGCAGCCUGAUGAUGAGGAGGAGAUGUGGUUCAACGAUGAGGACGAGCUAGAAGAUGAGGCGCCGCUCGACGCAGCGCAGACGCAUGCGCAUGCACACGCCCUCGACGUCAUUGGCAAGAUUGUAGAAAAGAAAGUGUGUACAAGCAAUGAGAGUGCGAACGGGCCAAGCAGUCGGGUGCUGCUCAGCUCGUCUCCUAAACCAGCGCUCGCCGACGUUCAGGUAUCCACGCCCAUCUUACUCAAUAAGGGUUUAGUUGACUAUGAUGCAGAUUCUGAUGAAGAGGAGGAGAGCAGCGGUGGAAGCACCAGCAGUAGCAGUAGUGGUGGAAGUGGUACUAACGAGGAGCGCGACGCAAAAAGGCCAAGAUUGGCAUAGUGCCUGUGUCAUUGUGACAAGACCAUAUUUCAAGGAAUAUAAAGUCCACUAUGCCCUGUCUCGCUGACCUGUGCAAAGCUACGUGUAAGAGUUCCAUUAUUUGUUAUACAAUUAUUUUGGACGUACAGAUUGAUAGUCCAACAAUCAUCAGAGAGUGUUUAGUAUGAUUAGAUGUAUGUAUAUGGAGCAUUAAGAAUUGAAGUUGAUUUAAGCAAUGCUUCUUAUGUAAAUAAAACACAAGUGUCUCAACUUCGAGGUUAUUAUUAGUAUAGUAUGAAAGAUUUCAUAUGAUUUAGAUUAUUGAUAAUGGAACAAAACAGUUAUGAAUUGAUGUGACAUAUUUUAUCGGUUAGGUUACUUUUCCGGAUCGUAUAGUACAAAGAAAAAUGAGUGGGAUUUAAAAUAAAAUUACUAUUAGAGGAGUUGGACGUAGUGUAGAUGUAUUUUGUUAAAACGCAUCGGAGAGUGACCAACCUGAUUUAUAUGGAAUUGUUUCUUCUCAGUAGUUUCGUUAUAGUAAUCAAUCUUAAGGCAAUGUAAGAUGGUUAUUUUGAGCAAAUUUCAUUGGAUUCAUUAGUAGAUCUGACUGUUUCGUUUUUCAACAUGACUAGUAAAGUAUUUUAUAAUAAGAUACAAAUCGGCAAUUAUAUAUUUAAACUUUACAAAAGUGAUUAAAUUAUGCAGUGUGUUCUUUUAAUGUUUUAUUAAUAGUGUCGACAACCCAGAUAAUAUGAGAGUUCACAGAAUUGGAUCUCAAAUAAUACUCAAAAACUUUGCGGUCUGAGCUACAAAUGCUGAGAUGUGAAAUUGACUCAUAAUCUCUUUUGUAUGGUCCAAGCAGAUUAGUAAAAUGUGUAAUGUAAUUUGCGAGUUAGUUACUGAGAAAAUUUAUGUGAGAUACAUUGUGAUUAUUUUAAUAUGUAUAUAUUUAUGUAUGUAUUAUAUUUUACUAGCAGUUGGAGUUUGUAAAGACGAAAUUAUACAUUGGUAUAGUUUUAUACCUCUCAUAGAGUUUACGAGAUAUUUCACUAAAUGAGAUAAAGACUAAAUGAUAAAAUAUUAAUACAAGUGUCGAGAAUUAUUUUAUCCAAUCAAAAAUCACACUAAAUAUGUCGGAGAAUUAGAAUAUAAAAGUAAUAUGGCCAGUAUGAUUAUAUUCUACUCUGUGUAUUGGCUGAACUGAUGGCGAACGUCAUCUUUCAAAGUGUGUUUGAAAUUGUCACUGUGUAAGUCACUGUCGGUGACGUGAUUGAAGUUAGUUAUUAUUGUCCAUCAGUAGAGCGCUCAUUGAGAAGUCGCAGUCGUCUUCAAGAUAGCGCCCGCGCCGGAUGUGCGCACUGAUCGACUUGAAACAACAUGGUGGAUACCAACACCGUGACGCCCGAUUUUAAAUCCAAAUAAUCUCCGAGAUAUAUAUUAUAUCAUUAUUAUAUAAUAACAAAAAGAUUGAAUACAUUUUAUAUAUAUUUUUACAUGGAUUGAAUCAUUAGACACUACCUAUAAAUCGAAAUGUUAAGAUUGUGAAAUGUUUCGGAGCUCAUGCCAAUAUUUUUGUCUUUACGAAUCUAUGUGUUGUACAAAAGUAGCAUUCUUAUUUGGAUCAGCGAAUUAUUUAAAUCGCUAUUACCCAUCAAAUUGUACAUAUUUUCAAAUCACCACACCACAUGAUCCAAAUAUUUAUGUCUUUAAUGUAUUGACUGGGUACAACUCGCAGAAGCUAAAUUGGCACCUUGCUCUGUGAUAUCAGUCGGUUCGCGUUCUGCGUUCUAGCACUUUUUUUUUUAAAGAAAAUGAUAAGACAAGGAAGACUUGUGAUAAGUGGGAGGCUCCUUUGCACCGGAUGCCGGCUAGAUUAUGGGUACCACAACGGUGCCUAUUUUUGUCGUGAAGCAGUAAUGUGUAAGCAUUAGUGUGUUUCGGUCUAAAGGGCGCCGUAGCUAGUGAAAUUACUGGGCAAACGAGACUUAACGUCUUAUGUCUCAAGGUGACGAGCGUAGUUGUAGUACCGCUCAGAAUUUUUGAGUUAUUCAAUAAUCUUGAGCGGCACUGCAUUGUAAUGGACAGGGCGUAUCAAUUAUCAUCAGCUGAACGUCCUGCUCGUCUCGUUCCUUAUUUUCAUAAAAAAAGUGAUAUACUCUGACCGCUACUCUAAGAUGACCUCACCUUGAGGCAUAAUACCUCCUUUUCACGAAUGGCGAUGAUUAUUGCUCAUUGAUCAUAGGUAUAUCAUCGUUACGAUGAACGUACAAGCAUCCACAAUAUUUGUUAAUAUAUAACUUGUCCGUAAUCUUUUAUAGAGCGGAAAAUCUUCAUGAUAAUUGAAUGAAGAUAUGUGUAAACAAUUAGAAGAAGAGAAGAUGCUGAUGUUUAGGCCUUCAUUGUAAUAGAACAUAGUAAAUAUACAAGAGUGCCUGAAAACCGGCAAGUUACUGAUCUCUAAUAUCACUACAACGAUUAUUGCUCGGCGACUACAAGCGAUAAUCGUCUUCACAUGAUCAUGCUCGAGUGUAAUCUAUAAUCGCCGAUUGUGAAGAGCAGGCAUAAGACGUCAAGUGUAACUACAAAACACUAGUUUCGCUAGCUUUUCGCCGCCCUUCAAGCACAAAUAGUGCUUGCACACUAAAUACCGUUUCGCGGCAGAGGAAGCCGCUGCUUCGGUACCCUCAUGCAUCCUUUAGUAAAGAAUGGCCUACUGGAAAAUUUGGACUGGUCUAAUAUGUGGGCGGCGGUGAUCACUUAACACUAAGUGACCCGUACGCUCGUUUGUCCUCCUAUUCCAUAAAACAAAAUAGCACCUUCAGUGUGCGUCGUGCAUCGCAUAUGUCAUAUCGCCGCGCACGAAACAAAUUACUGACAUUACCGGAGUGCAAGCGUACAUGGUCGCAGAAAUCGUAUAAUAAUAUACUCCAACUGGUAAUCCCUUUCCACGAUUUCCCAAGACUACAUCACGAUAAAUGACACCAUUUAUUCUCCUUUUAGUGGCGAGACAUCGUAUUGACAAGUGUCAAAAUGGCAGCUCGACAUUUCAUCGCUUUUGUCGUGUCGCUCACAUUUAUAUCGUGUUUUCGCUCCAAAAUAGUUUGAGAACUGCAUCGCAACUGAUGACGUAUUCUUAGGCCAAUCACGUGACCCGGUUGUCACGGGAAUAGAAUACCAGACGGAGUAUAUUAUACCAUAAUAUUUCCCUACAUUUUACUACAUCAGCAAAGGAAUUUGUUUUGUGCGCAGGACGCACACUGAGGUUACAUCGCAAUGACGAGCCGUGGGCUACAAUGGCUGGUGGUUGAAGGGGGCGGGGCAUUUGUAGCAGGUGCCAUUUUGUUUAUGCGAGAUAUUAUUGCAACUUUCUUUUGUUUACAACAUUAUUUUCUUACGCAUGUAUAUAUUAAAAAGGCAUAUUAAAUGCAACGUUCUCAAUAUUAUUUAUAAUGUAAAGAAUUAUUGUAACACGAACUCUGUAUACACAAAGUCUUUCAGAGCUCUAGUGAUUCCUGUAUUUAGUUAGUGGCAAUGAAUACGUCUUUAUUCAUGUAUAUAAUUUUGUUCAAUUGAAUGUGAUAAUAAUUAUCAUUAAAUAUGAAUGCGCCUCAAAUAUUAUUUUAUACAAAGAUUUCCUGGAACGUCAAGUUUCUUCUUAGAACAAGUAUUACUUGAGAGAGAGUGAAGUGACGUAAUAUUUACAGAGAUCGCUUUGAAGUAUCAACAAACGACUCCUAUCGGCAUUAAGUGAAAACUCUUUCUCUUAUUUUCUCAAUAAAUUAUUAUUAUGAGAAAAAUGACAAAACAGUUUGUUAUGGAUAUUUAUUCUGUUACAAUAUUUAUUGGCACUAUCUAAAGUCUUGUGACUUCGAUAGAAUAACAUAAUAUUUUAAGUUAUUAAAUGUUCAUUGAAUGUGUGUUGUUUUUCAACUUGCAUUUUUAAAUUAACAUUUUUUGAGGUUGAGCUUAUUAAUUUUCUAAACAAAUUGAUUUUUUUUUUGCGAAAUCUUAUAGCUAUGUACCUGAUAACAAAUUUAGCAUUCGGAAAAGUAUGCCGAAACGAAGAAAACUAUCGAAAUAGAAAAUCAAAACAGAAUUAAGAACUCAAGGUUUAGACUCUACACAAAAUAUUUUUGCACUAUAUUGCAUGUCAAUAAGUUUAGAAUAAAAUAAAUUUCAUGAUUUAUUAUGAGCCCAUUCAAUGUUCAAUAAUAUAUCCAAAAAAAAAUAAUCAAUUUUUGUGUUAAAUAUCUGAAUUGAUAUAUGUGUGAGCCAGAGUGUAAUUGAGUAUGUGUUAGUGUGUUAAUAAUAAAAUGAGACGAACAUAUUUUGACACAACUUCCAUGAGCCUAGAAUCUUCCAGAAGCUUUUUAUAAUAUAUUCAUCCAUAAUUUAAAUUCUUGUUUGCAUGAAAAGUCAACAGUAGUCUAAUUUUCGUCGAUAUCGUGCUCAAACGACCUUUACUGAAGCACUCGUUACGUCUUUCUCUCUAAUACUGUACAUAACAGAGACAACAAUAAAAUUGAUCAUGAAUUAUAUAUUGGCCGUUUUCUGUAAUACCGCCUUCUUCACUAUUUUUAAACGUGGGCGUGACUAAUUUAGAGGCUAUCCCAUCAGGUCUAUUCUUGACCUAUAUCACAGUCCUAUGGUAACAAACGGCCCUGUACCGCUCGAUUUGUGAUCAUUAUCGACUAAGCUCACACUAAUUAACACCUUAAUUGGUUGCAGUAAUUUUCAAAGUCUAUUGUAUAUGCUCAUUAGAAGUAGUAAUACUACGUCACGCACGAGACGGACGCGAACACGAGGCAAGAACAUUUUGUUUAAGAAAUUGAAGUAUAAUUAUUUAGCAAAAUGAUUAAAAACGUCUAGUUAGUUACACAACUUUGUUAAUUCAAAGGGGCUCAUAGCUAAAAUACUCCAUCCUUUUUAAGUCCAAACUUACAUAAACAGCAUUUAUCAAAAUAUGCUGUUUGGACAGUUAUUCACUGAACACUGUCAUUGCGUGGCGUUGAAUUCAAAGCGCGGUCAAAACAUAACUAAUUCUGCCUAAUAGACGCGUAGGCAGAGUUUUGCUUUACACAAUUUUUGGGCGUGAUUUAUGAGCUUUGUUGUUUAUUGAACGCAAUGAAUAAAAUAUAUAAAUAUUUAUAUAUAUAUUAUUUCUGAUUCAGAAACUCAUCUGGGAGUCUGUUUUUUUUUCAAGUUUAGCAUGUAGUUAAGUAUAUUUGUAUUUUGUAAAAUUUGUCACAUGAAAGAAAGAUUAAUAGGUAUAUUUUUGGUUAGUUUUGUUUGCAGACUAGCUAUAAAAAGUCACAAACAACCACGCCGGGCACACUUAAUCAUUUCUUGUUUUGUUUUUUAGAAGUUACACUGCUGUGGCAAAGCAAAAAAAUAUCUCUAAAACUUUAGCGGCUUUAUUCUUUGAGUGCCUAUUUAACCAACAAGAUUUUAACCUUUUACGGAAAAUUUAUAAACAAUGUGUAUCCAUAAAAACGUAUUUUAAUGAUAUGACAAAUUCCUUGUCCAGCGAUUGGUUAUCAAAAUGCCAAAAGCAGGAAAUACAUCAAAAUAUCAAAAUGUUAUCGUCAAUUUAGGAUUGCGAAUAGUCGCAUCUUACAUAUUACUAGCUGACCCGACAGACGUUGUUCUGUAAAUAAUAAAAAAAAAACUGUUUAUUAGGAAUUUGCCAAAAAUAUUUCAAAACAUCAAUAAUUAUUUCGUAAAAAAUGCUCUCUGUUGUUAUAAUGAAAUUGUUUCACAGUGCAACUGUCAAACCGUGCGUCACUAAAUUCUCUCAUAGAAAAUAUGUCCAUACAAAACAAAUAUUGAAAAUAAAAAUAAUUAUGGUUCCCAAAUCGAAAUAAAAACUAUCCUAUCUCUCAAGUUGGACCAAACUGGACUCCAUGUAAUAAUCCCCAUUAAAGUCCGUUCACUAGUUUAGGAGUCUAUCGCGGACAAACAACGUGACACGUAAUUUAUAUAUAUUAAGAUUUACGUUAUCAAGGACCAUGCCAGACUCUGCCCCACCAAUUUACAUCAUUUUCGAUAUCUAGGAGAAUCACACUGGGCACGCAUAGCACUUUAGAGUUUGAGUCCUCUUCGGUUACACAUUUUAGAAUAUAUUUAUAACCAAACAAUUUUCAACACCAAGGAAUUAAGAAUUACACAUAAAGCCUUACAUUAAGAGCCUUUCCGUGUGCAAGAUGUGUGUGUGCGCAUUUUUCACAAAUUUUUAAAUAAUAUAGAUAUUUGUGUUGCUAUAGUCUAUUUAUUUGUAAGGCCGUUAAAAUACCGAGGUGGAAAGUGAAUCGAAAUGAAAACGUGUAGUAUAUUAUGAUUGUAAUAAUUUAUUAAGGGUGAUUUAAUUCAUUAAUAUUAGAGUGUUACAAUUAUGUGCAUGUGAUGUAAAAUUAACAGUUGAUUAAUUUCAUUUAUUCUGUUUUAUAUAAUACAUAUCAAUUUAUAUUUUGCUCUAUCUAUCAAAAUAUGUUGAUCUCCAUAUUGUCUUAUAUUACAACUACAAAGUUUAAUUAUUGUAGUGUUGGUCUAAAUAUUAAUUUUGAGUAGGUACAUCUUCCGUAACAUUAAGUUUCUGUUAUUCGGUCUCUAAUACAGUACAACCUGUUUGACUUCGCAAUAUUAAAAAGUGAACAUUUGGAAACUGGACACAUCAUUGUCUCGCUUACGUGACAGUGACAGCUAUUUAAUAAUGACAACUUAAUGUCAUCGGUAUUUUGAUACACAUAGUUUUAUUUUUAUAUCACUUUGACGGGACUGUACUGUAUUAAAAUAAUAUUGGUUUAAAGGUUAUGCUGAAUGCACAGUGACAGCGAGACGAAGAUUAUUACACGCGUGGUAUUGUGAUGUCAGAGAAAUUGUAUAUAACGUUUUAUGUAACUUUUAUCAUUCUGUCGACAUCCACGUGUCUAAUAGCAUCUAGCUGUCAAUUAGAUUUAUAUUUUAAUAAUAAUAUAUUCCUUGAAAUGAUCUACCGUUGGAUAAAUACCAUACAAAGUACUAGACGAAUGUAGACAUAGGUAUUUUUAAACAUUCAUAAACUAAUUUAUACACAGAAUAAAAUUUAUAAUAGAUUUACCUAUUGGCGAGUUGUGUAAAAUAGAUAAGCUUACAAUAAUGCUAUUAUGAUGUCACUAGUUACGUAAGCAAUAUAAAUAUAAGGAAAUACGAAACAA